AUGACCGAACGCCACGGUCCCGCAGGCUGUAGGACCCAGUUUGGCCUACAGGCUAUCGCAUUCAGGUCGCCGAUUCUCAAAGAUACGAGUAUUCCGGCGGAAGCGCUGUUGUUCUGGGAUACUCCGAGAACGUUGUUGUAUGAUGCCAGAUCGAGUGUACCAGCGUGCGACAGGAAGGCAUUACAUGCGCAUAUCGGGGAGGCGCGUGUUGGAGAGGCUCGUGAGCUCGUCUCCGGUCAGGGUCUCUCAGGACCCGGUCUGGCCUGGGAAUCAAUAACAAUGCGAGUUCACUCCUUCAAGGACCCAUCGUAUUGCGUCAAAUCAAGAGACACGCAUAUGGAGAUCCGUGUGUUACAGUGUAACCUUACUUGCGACCACGAGUCUUUCUCCGCCGUCGCCGAGCAGGCAGCGAAGUGGCGCCCGCGGUCUCAGCGGCCAUCUGGCCGAGGGUUCGGAUGGGCGCAGACCGACCCCGAAGGACUGGAGUCGUUCGGGGAAACAAGGAAUCUCGCAGCGAAGAGGCCGUGGAAGACGGAGGAUCAAGGCCUUUUGGCAGGGAGUUCACCAGGAACAGAUCCCGGUGUCUACUCGACAUUUUCAUUGGGCAGGUUGGCGUUGUGGGCGACUGAAUGUCCAUAUGCUACGCGGUCUGGGAUAGCUGUCCCGAGACAGCACAUGAGAAUGUUCAGAUUAGGCAUCCUAUAUGGUUUAACGGACGAUUAUCAAGGCUUGUCACCGAUAACAUUCUUGGAGAAGCAAGCUAGGCUUGAGAAGAUGCAUGACCUCACGGCAUUCCAGAGCUGA